UACGGCGAGUGACAUCGACGGCUGUCAGCAGGCCAUCAAUAUCGAACACAUCGCCAGUCAACACGCUCUUCUCAAUCAAGGCCCUCAGCAGUGCCUUUCAGCGGUACGAUUUUCUGUGGAGAUGGUCGGCCCUAUGUGGAUGAACGUUGCUGCCCUAAUGGCAUUGAUCCGCGAUGAUCCCAGCGAAUGAGAGAAGGUUUCGGAUGCUAUUUUCGGAAAGCGGAAGGAGCGGAACCAAGUCGGACGACCCGAACAAGGCAAGACGAGCAAGACGUCAGCGUUUGAUUCGCAUACGAGCAAGCCACAGACAUGUCUUGACUCAACAUCUGAUGCUCAAAAAGUAUUCAUUAUUCGUCGCAUUGAUCCAUGCUCCCAUUAUUAUGUACCGGAGAGAUAACCUUCUCUCGAGCCAUGUGCCUGCAUAUGGCUGACAUGCUUCGAAUAAACGCCGCCUAUGUGGACGUA